AUUUCGAAAGAUUCGUUGCGGAUCAGUGCGGAAAGUUCACAGCGCGCAUUUUUCCGCUUGCCGAUGUUUAUACGACGACCGUUAAGGAUGCUUCCGACGGCGAUAAAAGAGGAGGUGAUACCCGUGGCAAGUGUAAAAUCAUGCCACGCUGCCCGUAAGAAUGAAUCCAUCGUAACGAUAACGUACGUCGACCAUCGGAACCGUGAACGGAAGUUGCGCUUUAGCGUGCUUGCGGGGAACACCCAGACGGUUAUAGAUGUCAUUGCGAAAUUGCUGAUUGGUCGCGACUGCUUCAGUUCGUCGUCAUAG